ACAUAUAGCUGUAGAGAGAGAGAGAGAGAAAAAAAAGUAUUGUGAAAAAUAAACAAAUAAACAUAAAAACGUAGGGUUUGACUGAAAAGCAAUUUCCGUGAAAUCGAGAGAGAGAGAGAGAGAGAGUGUGUGUGUGUGUCGAAUCAGACGGAUCCGGCAACUUCGGUGACUCUCCGGGCACAAGAUCGAGCCCUGUUGGCCCCACAAUUUCGUGCGAAAAAUUCCCUCUUCUGUGUUCAGCAAAAUUAUCGCUUUAGAGAGAGAUACAAAGAAAUUUAUAGAGAGAGAAAGUGGUGAGAGAGAAAGAGACAAGACGUUAUUUGAACGUUGGGAUCGGAGUGCAACAGGGCUUUAAACGACAGCGGUUUAGAGAAAACCGCGUGAAUUUUGGAGGGAUUUGGUAGUUGUUGAAGUAUUGAUUUCUGAGUGUUCUUUGCAUUUCGACUACAUUUUUUGUAUGCAAUCGGGGGGUGGGACCCAGCAGGGGCUUGGCGGAGCGGCCGGGCAUGGCCGGAACCCGGCCGUGGGGCCCUCAUCUUCUUCUGCGUCGCCGUCGUCUUCGUCGUCUGCCGUAUCGACACCGCACCUAGGGUUUGAUCCAAUUCAGCAGCAACAACAGCAACAACGACAGAGGCAGCAACAAUUUCUUAGAAGACCUGAAGGAAAUGAAGCCAUUCUAGCCUACCAAGCUGGUCUUCAUGGAGUCUUGGGAGGGGGCAAUUUCGGUUCAUCUUCUGGCUCCGCGCAACCGUCUCAACUGUCAAGGAAGUUCAUUGAUUUGGCUCUACAACAUGGUUCCUCCCAUGUACGAGAGGAGGGCCAAUACAGGACUCAAGGCAUCGAGCAACAAGUGCUGAAUCCUCUCCAUCAAGCUUAUCUCCAGUAUGCUUUUCAGGCUGCCCAACAGAAAUCAGCUCUGGGGAUUCAGUCUCAGCAGCAAGUGAAAAUGGGAAUGGUGGGGCCUCCAUCAGGGAAGGAUCAGGACAUACGAAUGGGAAAUCCAAAGAUGCAGGAGCUAAUUUCUAUUCAGGCAGCUAACCAGGCCCAGGCAUCAUCAUCCAAGAGAUCAUCUGAACAUUUUGCUCAUGGUGAGAAGCAGACAGAGCAAGGACAACAGUCAAUCUCUGAUCAGAGGAGUGAUCCAAAGACGUCAAUCCAGCCAACAUCAAUUGGACAAUUAAUGCAGGCAAAUAUGGUAAGGCCUAUGCAGGGAUCACAAGCCCAACAAAGUGUCCAAAACAUGGCAAACAGCCAUCUUGCAAUGGCUGCGCAGAUGCAGGUUAUGCAGGCAUUGGCAACUGAGCGGAAUAUUGAUCUCUCACUUCCUGCAAAUGCCAAUUUGAUGGCGCAGCUUAUACCACUCAUGCAGUCUAGAAUGGUUGCACAGCAAAAGGCAAAUGAAAGCAAUAUGGGUGCGCAGUCAUCACCUGGACUGAUGCCAAAGCAACAGGUUGCUUCUCCGCAAAUUGCCAGUGAGAGUUCUCCCCAUGGAAAUUCUUCGAGUGAUGUGUCUGGACAGUCUGGCUCUGCUAAGGUUAGGCAGACAGCUCCUCCUGGCCCUUUUGGCACAACUUCAAAUGCUGCUGUAGUUAACUCUAAUGGUGUCCCAAUGCAACAGUUUUCUGUUCAUGGCAGAGAGAACCAGGUGCCUCCAAGACAGCCAACUAUGGUCAGUAAUGGAAUGCAUCCUCCCCAGUCAUCUGCGAACUUGAACCAGGGUGUAGAUCAUGCAUCGCGUGCAAAAAACACAAUGAGUGGUCCAGAUACUUUGCAAAUGCAGCACGCCAGGCAGUUGAACCGAUCUUCUCCACAGUCUGCUGCUUCAUCUAAUGAUGGGGGCUCAGGAAAUGUCCUUCCAUCUCAGGGUGGAUCAGUGUCCCAGAUGCAACAACACCGUCUAGGGUUUACCAAACAGCAACUGCAUGUUCUCAAAGCACAAAUUCUUGCAUUUAGGCGCCUGAAGAAAGGAGAUGGAACACUUCCACAAGAACUACUUCAGGCUAUUGGUCCACCCCCCCUUGAAGCGCAGCUGCAGCAGGUGUUUCCUGCUGCUGGAACAGUUAAUCAAGAUAGACCUGCUGGGAGAAGUGUAGAAGAUCAUGGAAGACAUUUGGAGUCCAGUGAAAAGGAUCCUCAGGUUGUGGCAUCGUCUAGUGGACAUAAUAACUCAAAAGAGGAAGCUUUUGCAGUAGAUGAGAAAGCAACUGCCUCGACAGUGCAUAUGAGGGGUACAGCAGCUGUGAUGACAGAACUUGCACCGGUGGUUACUGCUGGAAAGGAAGAGCAGCAGAAUACUAUGUUUUCUGUUAAAUCAGAACAGGAAGUUGAACAUGGUAUACAGAAAACUCCUACCAGGAAUGAGUUUACUGCAGAUAAGGGAAAGGCAGUUGCACCACAAGUUGCUGUAUCUGAUACAGUGCAAGUUAAGAAACCUGUACAAGCAGGCAAUGUGCCUCAGCCCAAAGAUGUUGGGCCUACCAGGAAGUAUCAUGGACCGUUGUUUGAUUUCCCUUUUUUCACUCGUAAACAUGACUCCUUUGGGUCCACAAUGAUGGUGAACAACAACAAUAAUUUAACAUUGGCAUAUGAUGUGAAGGAUCUUCUUUUUGAGGAAGGUAUGGAAGUGCUAAAUAAGAAAAGGGCAGAAAAUUUAAAGAAGAUUGGUGGGUUGCUAGCGGUAAACUUAGAGAGGAAAAGGAUUAGGCCAGAUCUUGUCUUGCGGUUACAAAUUGAAGAAAAGAAACUUCGACUUUUGGAUAUUCAGGCACGCUUAAGGGAUGAAGUUGAUCAACAGCAACAGGAGAUAAUGGCAAUGCCUGAUAGGCCAUAUCGGAAAUUUGUUCGGCUGUGUGAACGUCAACGCAUGGAGCUCACACGGCAAGUACAGGCUUCUCAGAAAGCCAUGAGAGAGAAACAACUUAAAUCCAUUUUUCAGUGGCGUAAGAAGCUUCUUGAGGCUCAUUGGGCCAUUCGUGAUGCACGAACUGCUCGCAACAGAGGAGUUGCCAAAUACCAUGAGAGAAUGCUGAGGGAAUUUUCAAAGAGAAAGGAUGAUGAUCGUAAUAGAAGGAUGGAGGCGUUAAAGAAUAAUGAUGUUGAGAGGUAUAGGGAAAUGUUGAUGGAGCAGCAGACUAGCAUCCCGGGUGAUGCUGCAGAGAGAUACGCCGUUCUAUCAUCAUUUCUAAGUCAAACAGAAGAGUAUCUUCAUAAACUCGGAAGUAAAAUAACGGCUGCAAAGAAUCAGCAGGAGGUUGAGGAGGCAGCAAAUUCUGCUGCCGCUGCUGCACGAACUCAGGGUCUGUCCGAGGAGGAAGUAAGAGCUGCAGCAGCUUGUGCUGGAGAGGAAGUAAUGAUAAGAAAUCGUUUCUCUGAAAUGAAUGCACCUAAGGAUAGUUCAUCUGUUAACAAGUAUUACAAUCUUGCACAUGCUGUGAAUGAAAGGGUUAUGAGGCAGCCUUCAAUGUUGCGGGCUGGAACCUUACGAGACUAUCAGCUUGUUGGAUUGCAAUGGAUGCUUUCUUUGUAUAACAAUAAAUUAAAUGGAAUUUUGGCUGAUGAGAUGGGUCUUGGGAAGACUGUACAGGUGAUGGCGUUGAUUGCUUAUCUGAUGGAGUUCAAAGGAAACUACGGCCCACAUCUUAUUAUUGUUCCAAAUGCUGUUCUGGUGAACUGGAAGAGUGAGCUCCAUACUUGGCUGCCUUCUGUGUCCUGCAUUUUCUAUGUUGGUGGAAAAGAGCAACGGUCAAAAUUGUUUUCUCAAGAGGUUUCUGCCUUGAAAUUUAAUGUCCUUGUUACGACUUAUGAGUUCAUCAUGUAUGAUCGGUCAAAACUUUCAAAAGUUGAUUGGAGGUAUAUCAUAAUUGAUGAAGCACAACGCAUGAAGGACAGGGAAUCAGUUCUAGCACGUGAUCUUGAUAGAUAUCGCUGCCAGAGACGCUUACUUCUCACAGGGACACCCUUACAGAAUGAUCUCAAAGAACUCUGGUCACUUUUAAAUCUACUCCUUCCAGAAGUUUUUGAUAACCGGAAAGCAUUUCAUGAUUGGUUCUCCAAACCCUUUCAAAAGGAAGGUCCUACACAUAAUGCAGAGGACGACUGGCUUGAAACUGAAAAGAAGGUUAUUGUUAUCCACCGACUUCAUCAGAUUCUGGAGCCCUUCAUGCUCAGACGUCGUGUUGAAGAUGUGGAAGGCUCGCUUCCACCCAAGGUUUCCAUUGUUAUAAGGUGUAGAAUGUCAGCUAUUCAAGGUGCCAUUUAUGAUUGGAUCAAAUCUACUGGUACUAUUCGAGUGGAUCCCGAAGAUGAGAAGCGCAGGGUUCAAAAGAAUCCCAAUUACCAGGCUAAAAUAUAUAAACCACUAAAUAACAGAUGUAUGGAGCUCCGGAAAGCUUGCAAUCAUCCUUUGCUUAAUUAUCCGUAUUUCAAUGACUUCUCCAAGGAUUUCCUUGUUAGAUCCUGUGGAAAAAUGUGGAUUCUGGACAGGAUUCUCAUAAAGCUUCAGAGAACAGGACAUCGAGUACUGCUCUUCAGUACAAUGACAAAACUAUUAGAUAUAUUGGAGGAGUAUCUGCAGUGGCGUCGACUUGUGUACAGACGGAUAGAUGGGACAACUAGUUUAGAAGACCGUGAAUCAGCUAUUGUGGACUUUAAUAACCCUGACACCGACUGCUUCAUUUUCUUGCUUAGCAUUCGUGCUGCUGGACGAGGAUUGAAUCUUCAGACUGCCGACACAGUCAUCAUAUAUGAUCCUGAUCCCAACCCAAAAAAUGAGGAACAGGCAGUCGCUAGAGCCCAUCGCAUUGGACAGACUAGAGAAGUGAAAGUCAUCUAUAUGGAAGCAGUGGUUGACAAAAAUUCUAGUCAUCAAAAAGAGGAUGAAUUUAAAAGUGGAGGUGUAGUUGAUUCAGAUGAUGACCUUGUGGGUAAGGAUCGUUAUAUAGGAUCUAUUGAGAGCCUCAUAAGGAAUAAUAUUCAACAGUAUAAGAUUGACAUGGCAGAUGAGGUUAUAAAUGCUGGGCGUUUUGACCAGAGGACAACGCAUGAAGAGAGACGUUUGACUCUGGAGACAUUGUUGCAUGAUGAAGAACGGUAUCAAGAAAAUGUCCAUGAUGUCCCCUCACUGUUGGAGGUAAAUCGGAUGAUUGCUAGGAGUGAAGAAGAAGUAGAGCUCUUUGAUCAAAUGGAUGAAGAUCUUGAUUGGACUGAGGAGAUGAUGAGGUACAACCAGGUACCUAAGUGGCUUCGAGCCAGCACUAGAGAAGUGAAUGCUACUGUUGCUAAUUUAUCCAAAAAACCAUCAAGGAACACUUUAUUAGGUGGAAAUAUUGGCGUGGAAUCCAGUGAAAUGGCUUCUGAUUUAUCUCCUAAAACUGAGAAAAGAAGGGGACGGCCUAAGGGAAAAAAGUUCCCUAUUUACAGGGAGUUGGAUGAUGACAAUGGAGAGUUCUCUGAAGCUAGUUCUGAAGAGGGCAAUGGGUAUUCUGUGCAGGAAGAAGAGGGAGAAAUUGGGGAGUUUGAAGAUGAAGAAUUUAAUGGCGCUAUUGGAGCACCACCAGUCAUUAAAGAUCAAUCAGAAGAAGAUGGUCCUGCUUGUGCUGCUAGAUAUGAGUAUCCCCAAGCUUCAGGAAGCACUAGGAACAAUCAUAUACUUGAAGAAGCUGGUUCCUCAGGGUCAUCCUCAGACAGUCGAAGAUUGACGCAGAUUGUCUCACCUUCUAUAUCUUCUCAGAAGUUUGGAUCACUUUCUGCAUUGGAUGGUAGACCAAGUUCUAACUCAAAAAGGCUGCCUGAUGAAUUAGAGGAAGGGGAAAUCGCUGUAUCAGGAGACUCUCACAUGGACCUCCAGCAAUCUGGCAGUUGGAUUCAUGACCGUGAUGAAGGUGAAGAUGAACAGGUUCUGCAACCCAAAAUAAAAAGGAAACGUAGUAUUCGGGUUCGGCCACGACAAACUGUAGAAAGGCCCGAAGAGAAAUACUCCAAUGAAAAGCCAUCUCUCCAUCGUGGAGAUUCAUCUCAGCUGCCAUUCCAAGUGGAUCACAAGUAUGAACCACAAUCUAGGGCUGAUCCUGAACCCAAAACGCCUGGGGGGCUGAAUGCUUUGAAGCCUGAUCAAAGUGAUUCAUCUUUGAAAAGUAGGCGAAAUUUACCUUCAAGGAGAAUCGCAAAUUCAUCAAAGUUGCUUGCUUCACCAAAAUCUACCAGAUUGAAUUGCAUGUCUGCUCCUUCUGAAGAUAUUGCUGAACACUCGAGGGAAAGUUGGGAUAGUAAAAUUAUAAAGACUGGUGGGACAUCAAUUGGCAGUACUAAGAUGUCAGACGUCAUCCAAAGAAGGUGCAAGAAUGUCAUUAGUAAGCUCCAAAGGAGAAUAGACAAGGAAGGUCCUCAAAUUGUACCUCUGCUUACAGAUUUGUGGAAGAGGAUUGAAAAUUCUGGCUACACAAGCGGAGCUGGGAAUAGUCUUUUGGAUAUUCGCAAGAUUGAUCAGCGUGUUGACAGAUUUGAGUAUAACGGAGUGAUGGAGCUCGUGUUUGAUGUGCAGUUUAUGCUAAAGAGUGCAAUGCAGUAUUUUGGAUUUUCACAUGAGGUGAGAUCUGAAGCUAGGAAAGUCCACGAACUUUUUUUUGAUAUUUUGAAGAUUGCAUUUCCAGACACGGAUUUCAGAGAAGCCAGAAAUGCACUCUCUUUCUCCGGUGCAGUGGCUACCUCAACUUCUGCUCCGUCUUCAAGGCAGGCGGUUGCUGGCCAAAGCAAGCGACACAAACUGAUAACCAAGGUGGAACUUGACCCAAGUCCUCCCCAGAAGCCAGUGCUUCGUGGACAUAUUCCUGCUGGUGAAGACACAAGGGGCAGGGGUCUUGUGCCUCAGAAUGAAUCAAGGCUUGGAAGCAGCAGCAGCAGCCGGGAGCAGGGUCAGCAGGAUGAACCUCGGCUUUUUACUCAUCCAGGGGAGCUAGUUAUCUGUAAAAAGAAGAGGAAAGACAGGGAAAAGUCGGUGAUGAAGCCAGGGAAUGGGUCAACUGGCCCCGUGUCACCCCCCAGCAUGGGUCGCAGUACUAGAAGUCCAGGUCCAGGUUCUGGUUCAAUCUCCAAGGACACGAGAUUGAGCCAGCAUACUAUGCAUCAGCAGGGGUGGGCUAACCAGCCUCCCCAACAGAUGAAUGGUGGUGGUGGGACUGUUGGUUGGGCAAAUCCUGUAAAGAGGAUGAGAACGGAUGCUGGGAAAAGGCGUCCAAGCCAUUUAUGACUGCUUGAAGAUUAAUGUAGAUGUAAUGAAAAGAGUUGGUGCUGUUUCUUUCAGUGAGUGUAUUAACUGGCCAUUUAAGGCCCGUUCAAGUGCAGAGAGCUCGCAAUGUUAAUAAUAGUGUAAUUUGAAUCUGAUAGUUUGUAGCUAUUCCUGGUAGGCAUAACAUUAUCCAGGGAUAAGUUCUCCAGCCUUGAGAUCAAUUGGGCAUCAAUAGUUCUAUAAAUGUACUCACCUCUUUGUAUUUCUUUCUGGCAAUUUCUCAAAUUUUCUGAUCA